GCAGACACUGGCUGGUAGAGCCAGUAUUUCAAACGUACCGACGACGCGCGGUCGCCAUGCGAGCCACAACGAAUUUUAAAACGAAAACGAACUUCCAAAUUCAAAAUUAGUGUGAAACACGCGAAGAAAAUCCUCCGUGGCGGGAAAAGUGCUAGUUUUGUUUUUAAUUUAAUUUUUUUAAAAAGCAAAACUUUAGUUUAGCAUAUGGCCAGUCCAAGGAUGCAAAGGAUUUUUCUUUUUAAUUUAUUUGUGUGGUUUUAAAGGAAUGUGGUUUUAGUGUCUUUAAACAAAAGGACUAGUGUGCAGUGCCUCAAGGAGUUUUUUUUAAUGUGGGCUGAGGUGUUGACCUUUGCAAAAGUUCCUUGUGUUUUGAAGGUUUUAAGUUCUUAUAAGACUGAGUCAUGUGGGGCACUGUAUUCGUCCUCCUCGCCACGGCCGCGACCGCGCGUCUGAAGCAACUUCCAUCUACCACAGAGCUAGCCACAACAGUAGCGACAGCCACAGACUCAGGCGACUGGCCGGGCGCGCUGGCCCCGCUGGACACACUCACCGUGUCCUGCCAGCCGGACAGCAUGCACGUCACCGUGGCCCUCGCGCCUACUAGUCAUGCUGAGCGGUACAGCUCCUCCACAUUCUCGGGCAUCGUGUACCCGGCGGGGCUGGGGUCUAACUCCAGCUGUCUCCGCGAGUACGUGUCGGCCAGCGGGGACCUGCAGUACCAGCUGCCUCUGAGAGGCUGCAACACCAUGGCUAAAGAUCUGGACGACGGCACAGUAGAAUACUUCAACAACAUCAUAGUCCAGCCACACCUCCGCCUGGUGACAGGACAGGGUCGCGGGUACCACGUGCGCUGCCGCUACCGGCGCCGCGAGCUCGCCCAGUACCACCACUACCACGGCGUGCGAACCGAUAGACUGACUAAUGCGCUGGACGAUAGCGAGCCAUACGAAUACGAUGAGGACUCUGGCUCCCUGCCGUCCGUCUCGAUGAAAAUAUACAAGGGGGAUCCCGAUCAAAAAGAGGUGGCAUCAAACGUGCGCAUCGGAGACACCCUCACCCUGGUGGUGCGGCUGGAGAAGCAGAAACAGUUCGGCCUGCUGGUGGCCGACUGCUCCGUGAGGGAUGGACUGGGCUGGGCCGAGCAGAGCCUUAUUAAUGAUGAUGGCUGCCCUCUAGACGGUGAGAUCAUGGGCCUGUUCCAGUACUCAAACGACCGGCAGGAGGCGCGAGUGUCGUUUCCGGCGCACAAGUUCCCGUAUACUGCUAGUGUGUACUACACGUGUGAGGUGAAGCUGUGUGACCUGCAGCAUCCUACUGAUUGUAUGCCGUGCUCCCACAAGGCGCGCAUGCGCCGCCAGGCCGAGGAGGGGUCCCCGGCCACGGUGGAGGUGUUCUCCGGCCUGUACGUCAACGAGGCGGACUCGCCCGACGCUGAUGACGUCACUAGCGAGAGGAAAGAAGACGAAAUCUGCAUAUCCCAGCGCAACUUCGCCAUCGGCAUCUGCAUAGCCGGAGUCAUCCUGAUGAUAUGUGUCAUCGCUGCCAUCGCCUUCAUACUCGCCAGGCGAAGAAGUCCGAAAACAUACUCGCGAACUGGCAGCUCUUUAUACAGCGGUCCUUACACUAACACUGGCUACUCACACACCAGUUAAU